AUGACGAAGUCUAAUUCUCUUCCUAUCCAUCGAUACGACGGAGACGUAUCAAAGACGCCGAAGGGCAAGUUGGGUUUCUUCGGUGUGAGGGUGAAGCCCUCCGGGAACUUCGGAGUGGAGUUCUACAACGCCGAGCGGUGUUGGUGGCUCGGCACGUAUCCCACCGCCGACAAGGUUGCGCGUGCCUACGACGUGGCGGUGUGGCGUGUCGGAUGGCCGAAGACGGACCUCAACUUCCCGGCAAUCGAGACCUGGGCGGUUGCGGAGUGGCUCGUGCUGCAGGUAAUCCAGAUGGAGGAGAUGCCGACGAAUAAGAAGAAGAAGAAGAAGAGACUGGUGGUUGUCGUCACUCCCGCUGAGAGCGAUGAGGCGGCGAUGGCUCGGUUUGCAUGGGAGCAUCCCGAGUAUGCCCAGGCCGAGUAG